GAUGUGACCUUCUCCUGCCUGGAAUAUCUCAAGUUCUUAGAAGUUUCAGUGCACACCUGAGGUGGCAGUUUAUAUAAAGAAAACACUGGGACUGUGGCCACACCUUCAAGAAUAAAAAAAAAAAAUUAGAAAAUGGAACAGCCAUGUAUAUUAUGUGAGGAAGAACAAGAGCUUGAACCACAGCAGAACAUAGAAGAAACCAAAAAAGUAGAUGAUGAAGAUGCUGAGCUGAUCUUUGUUGGGGUGGAACAUGUAAAUGACGAUGCUGAGCUGAUCUUUGUUGGGGUGACUUCAAAUUCAAAACCAGUUGUUUCAAAUAUUUUGAACAGAGUCACCCCAGGUUCAUGUUCAAGGAGAAAAAAGUAUGGUCACCUCAGAAAAGGUACUACUCACAAAUUUCAGCCUAUAAGUCAUGUGACCCCUAUAUCAGAAGCAGUGACUGCCUUGCCAGUUUCUGAAUCUGAAUCAAGAUCAACAGAUAGUCCCAUUAUUAUUGAGCCUUUGUCUAAACCUGAUUAUAAAAAUAAUUCACCACAAGUCGUGCCUAAUAGCUCUUCAGAGUUAUGUUCUCCUUUGAUUACAUUCACAAGUUCAUUACAGCAUCCAGUAGGAGCAGCACUUUCUGUAGGAGGUAUGAAUAAAAGUCCUUGCAUAUCAAAGCAACUUUCCCCUGCUGAAGUAAAUGACAUAAAUCCCAAAAGGCCUAAACUCAGUGAUGGAAUCAUAGACGGACAUGCUUCAGCUUUGUCCCCUUCAGGUAUCUUUCAUACAAUGACUUCGCAGCAAAGCACAUUCUCAAACAGUGUUCAUACCUCAUUAAGCCAUGUUCAGAAUGGAGCACCUUUUCCAACAGCUUUUCCAAAGGACAGUGUCCAUUUUGAGCCUAUAAAUGCUAUUAAGGAAAAUAGACCGGCAAAAACAGACUUUUUGAGUCUAGCAAGUCAAAACCAGAUUGUUGAUCCCAAGAAAGGAAGUCUGGUCAUAUUACUUCGUGACUUUUAUUAUGGGCAACAUAAAGGAGACGGUCAGCCAGAACAGAAGACUCACACAACUUUUAAAUGCCUCAGCUGCUUGAAAGUUCUAAAAAAUGUCAAGUUUAUGAAUCACAUGAAGCACCAUUUGGAACUUGAGAAGCAGAGGGGUGACAGCUGGGAAAGCCACACCACCUGCCAGCACUGCCACCGACAGUUUCCCACUCCCUUCCAGCUGCAGUGUCACAUUGAAAGUGUACACACCACCCAGGAGCCUUCUACUGUCUGUAAAAUUUGUGAAUUGUCAUUCAGAACAGAUCAGGUUCUCUUACAGCACAUGAAGGACAAUCAUAAGCCUGGCGAAAUGCCCUAUGUGUGCCAGGUUUGCAAUUACAGAUCGUCAGCCUUUGCUGAUGUAGAAACACAUUUCAGAAAAUGCCAUGAAAACACUAAGAAUUUGCUCUGUCCAUUCUGUCUCAAAAUUUUCAAAACUGCAACACCGUACAUGUGUCAUUAUAGGGGACACUGGGAAAAGAGUGUUCACCAGUGUUCCAAAUGCCGGCUACAGUUUUUAACUUUUAAGGAGAAAAUGGAGCACAAGACUCAGUGUCAUCAAAUGUUUAAGAAGCCUAAGCAACUAGAGGGAUUGCCCCCUGAAACAAAGGUUGUUAUUCAAGUGUCACUGGGACCUCUUCAACCAGGAUCAGUGGAAUUAGCAUCCAUUACUGUGAGCACAUCUGAUUCUGAACCAUCACCCCCCAGGUCUAAAAGUAGAAUUUCAAAAAAACCUCGUUAA